AUGCCUGCUUCCGUUGCCAGCGGCGAGGAGGAAGAGUACGAGCCACAGAACUUCAUCGUUGACGUCGACCAGCUGCUCAAUCAUGGCAUCAACAACUCCGACAUCGCGAAGCUCAAGACCAAUGGCUACCAUACCAUUGGCUCCGUACUGUCAUGCAUGACGAAACAGCUACUCAAGAUCAAAGGCUUCUCCGAUGUCAAGGUUGAGAAGGUGAAGGAGGCAGCCAAGAAGUGCGAGCCGAAUGGUUCCCGCGUCAUCACCGGCACCGAGCUACUUCACCAACGCAAGAGAUGCUUCCGCCUCAGCACUGGCAGCGACAAUUGGAACAAGAUCCUUGGUGGCGGUUUUGAGUCCAGCAGCGUCAGCGAGGUGUAUGGCGAGUUCCGAUGUGGCAAGACUCAGCUCAGCCAUACCAUGUGUGUGACUGCACAACUUCCCAAGUGCGAUAGUGGCGCCGAGGGCAAGGUGGCAAUCAUUGACACCGAAGGCACAUUUCGCCCUGAGCGUAUCAUGCAGAUUGCUGAGCGCUUCAAUGUCGACCCAGAGCAAGCCAUCGAGAACAUCAUCAUCCACCGGGCCAAGAACAGCGAGCACCAGCACGAGAUCCUUUGCAGCAUGGCUGAGCAAUUCUCGACUGGUGACUACCGCCUGCUCAUCGUCGACAGCAUCCUCAAUCUCUUCCGCAGCGACUACACUGGCCGUGGAGAGCUCAGCGAGCGUCAGCAGAAACUCGCACAGCACCUCCGCAAGCUUGCAGAGUGCGCAGAAGAGUUCAACAUCGCCGUAUUCAUGACCAACCAGGUCCAGUCAGACCCUGGUGCAAGCGCACUCUUUGCUGGUGCCGAUGGUCGCAAGCCAGUUGGUGGUCACAUUCUUGCUCACGCAUCCACCACCCGUGUACUGCUCCGCAAAGGCCGCGGCGAGGAGCGUGUUGCAAAGGUGAUGGACUCUCCUGACUGCCCGGAGGGUGAAGCUACCUAUGUCAUCACCACCGGCGGCAUCAACGACCCUGAGAAGGCAUGA